UACAACUUCUACAAUUACGAGUGAAAGGACGGCCCCCUUUUCACAAAUGUUCAUCUAUAUCCCUCGGUUCUUUUGAGAAUUUUAACACUCUAUUUACACUGGUACAUGAUUAACUCAGGAUCUCAUUGCUAUAACCACAAGAUGUCUUCCCCGAAAAGCGAGGAUGCCAUGUCACCAACGGGGGAUUCUACUAAAACCGAAAAUAGUGAUUCCGUCAACGAAAGACUGCAAAGACAGCCGAAAGAAGAAAACAGUGAUGACAAUUUGGACAAUGUACGCACGACGUCAUUCUCUGUUGCCGAUAUACUGGACCCACGGAAAUUCACGGGAUGUUCGGCGGCGGAAAAAUCCCGGGUCUGGGUCCCCUGGAAGAACCGGAAGCGUCGAUUGACGGACAGCGGGGACAGCACCUCAGAUGACGACAGGGCCGACGGACCAGGAAUCACAGAUACCGCCACGGAUUUAUCUUGUAAAAGCAGAGUCGGAUCCGAGGCAGACGAUGAACUACGUCAUGAUGACGAACUUGAUGACGACGAUGACAUUUUAAGUGAUAGUGAGGACUGUCUAGACAAAAAGUGUAAAAACUUGGACUCUUCAAAAGCGGGCAAACCUCGCCGAGCACGAACAGCGUUUACAUACGAACAAUUAGUGGCUUUAGAAAACAAAUUCAAGACAACUAGGUAUCUAUCAGUGUGUGAAAGACUCAACCUAGCGCUUUCAUUGAACCUAACGGAAACCCAGGUGAAAAUCUGGUUCCAGAACCGCCGUACCAAGUGGAAGAAACAGAAUCCCGGAAUGGACGUUAACAGUCCAACAGUACCCGUAUCUUCAAGUGUGUCAACCUUCUCUUCCCCUUACUCCUCUCUAUACGGUCAGGGACUACACCCCUACCUCCCUAGUCAUAACUUAAUGGGAGCCCUGGGUCUCCUCCGCGCCCAUCCUGCGUACGCCGGACAGAAUCACCCGAUGUACUACCCCUAUCUUGGCCAGAGUACGUAGUUUACUACAAAGUACAUAAAAAGGUCAGAGCAAUAAGCAGUGAUUUGAUUUAAUUCAAUCAUUGCGUUGAGUUAAGAAAAACCCGAGUCACUCUUUUCAGUGACUCAAAUUGUUAUUGUGGUUUUUUAAAAUGCAAGAACAAGAGCAAAAGGACUAUAGAAAUAUUUUCAGCAUUACUGAUUGGGUUGUGACAGCCUGUGAAGUAUACUGAAACUCCCUUAGGCUCCAUUUGUGUUCCCGUGCAGUAAAACAGAAUACAAAUAUUUAAUAUUUAUUCACAGGGCUCGCAAUGAUGAUGUUUUAUCACGCAGGACAAUGUAUUAAUUUGUACUGAUUUCAAAGUAGAUAUUUAUGUUUCCAUGUACAUGUGCUAGAGAUUAUUCUAUUGUAAAUAAAGUGAAUGUUUUACAAGUGAAACAGCGAGCAUUUGUGUAUCUUUGC